AUGGGCGUUCGUCUAGGCCGCUUGAGCGACUCCCCGUGGUGGCCGCCGCCGCUGCUGCUACUGCUACUGCUGCUGCUGUUCAGCACCCUCCCCGGCUGUUCGGGAAGGCCGUUUGGGAAUCCGAUGCCCUCUGUGAACGUGGCGGUGGUGUUCAGCGGCUCGGCCUACCAGACGGAGAUUAAAGGGAGGUUAAGCCGGGAGAACUUCAUGGACCUUCCCCUGGAGGUGAACCCCAUCACAGUGCUGGUCAACAACACCAACCCGCGCGCACUGCUCACCCGGAUCUGCGACACACUCUCCACAAACCGCGUCCAUGGCGUGGUGUUUGAGGACAACGUCGGCUCGGAGGCAGUGGCACAGAUCUUGGACUUCAUCUCCACACAGACAGCUGUGCCCAUCGUGGGCAUCAGUGGAGGAUCUGCUGUCGUCCUGCCGUACAAGGGUGAAGGCUCCAACUUCCUCCAGCUGGGCUCCUCCAUCGAGCAGCAGAUCAACGGCAUGUUCAAGGUGAUGGAGGAGUACAACUGGGACAGCUUCGUAGUCAUAACCAGCCUCUACCCGGGCUACGAAACCUACGUGGAUUACGUCAAGUCUUUCACAGACACCAGCUACUUCAUGUGGGAUCUGCAGGACGUUCUGACCUUUGACAUGUCUGCCGACGGCAUGAACGACAUCAGAGCGCGGAGGCUGCUGCAGCAGAUCGAUGCCCAGGUGCUCUUAGUGUACUGCUCCCACGAAGAGGCUCAGUACCUCUUCAGCAUGGCGACCGAGGCCGGAUUAGUAGGGCCAGGUUACAUCUGGAUUAUCCCCAGCCUGGCAGUGGGGAACCCUGACAUCCCACCGCCUGACAGCUUCCCCGUGGGGCUCAUCAGCAUCAUCACAGACCGCUGGAGGAUGAGUCUGAGGAAGAGGGUGAGAGACGGGGUGGCUAUCGUGGUGAAAGGUGUGCAAAGCUUCAGGAAACAGAGAGGCUUUGUUCCCGAGGGACACAGUGACUGUCACAACCCUGUCAAGCCCGUCACGUCUAAUGACACGCUGUUCAGGCACAUGUUGAAUGUAACCUGGGAACACAACGACUUCUCCUUCAACAGCAACGGUUACCUGGUGAAUCCAGCCAUGAUAGUCAUCACUUUGGACAGAGAGAGGCAGUGGGACAAGGUGGGGAACUACGAGUCGGGCAUCCUGCAAAUGAGAUACCCCGUGUGGCCUCGCUACGGCACCUACCUGGAGCCGGUGUCGGAUUACAGGCAUCUGACGGUGGCCACGCUGGAGGAGAGGCCCUUUGUCAUCGUGGAGGCGGUGGACCCUUUGACGGGUACUUGUGUCAGCAACACCGUGCCCUGCAGACGGCAGUCCAACAAGACGGAAGCUAUCGUGGGUCACACUGAGCCGUACACUAAGCUGUGCUGUAAAGGCUUCUGCAUAGACAUCCUGAAGAAGUUGUCCCGCACCAUCAAGUUCUCCUACGACCUCUACCUGGUCACCAACGGCAAGCACGGGAAGCUGGUUCGAGGGAUCUGGAACGGGAUGAUCGGGGAGGUGUUCUACAAACGCGCCGACAUGGCCAUCGGGUCGCUGACCAUCAACGAAGAGCGCUCUGAGAUCAUUGACUUCUCGGUGCCGUUUGUGGAGACGGGGAUCAGCGUGAUGGUGGCUAGGAGCAACGGGACGGUGUCGCCAUCGGCCUUUUUAGAACCGUACAGCCCGGCUGUCUGGGUGAUGAUGUUCGUCAUGUGUCUGACCGUUGUGGCCAUCACCGUCUUCGUCUUUGAGUACUGCAGUCCGGUCGGGUACAACCGCAGCCUGGUCACCGCCAAAGAUCCUGGAGGCCCCACUUUCACCAUCGGGAAGUCAGUGUGGCUGCUGUGGGGUAUCGUCUUCAACAACUCUGUCCCCAUCGAGAAUCCAAAAGGCACCACCAGUAAGAUCAUGGUCCUGGUGUGGGCUUUCUUCGCCGUCAUCUUCCUCGCCUCCUACACGGCCAACCUGGCAGCCUUCAUGAUCCAGGAGCAGUACAUCGACACGGUCUCUGGCCUGAGUGACAAAAAGUUUCAAAAGCCACAGGAGCAGUACCCUCCGUUCCGCUUUGGUACGGUCCCAAAUGGCAGCACAGAGCGUAACAUAAGGAGCAACUACCCCGAGAUGCACUCCCACAUGGUCAAAUACAACCAGAAGGGAGUGGAGGAUGCCCUGAACAGCCUCAAAACAGGGAAACUGGAUGCCUUUAUCUACGAUGCUGCUGUGUUGAAUUACAUGGCUGGCAAAGACGAGGGCUGCAAGCUGGUGACCAUUGGCAGUGGGAAAGUGUUUGCUACCACUGGUUAUGGCAUCGCCCUGCAGAAGGAUUCACGCUGGAAACGACCCAUUGACCUGGCUCUGCUUCAGUUCCUGGCUGAUGGCGACACACAGAAGCUGCAGACCGUCUGGCUCACAGGAAUCUGCCGUAACGAGAAGAAGGAGGUGAUGAGCAGUAAGCUGGACAUCGACAACAUGGCGGGAGUCUUCUACAUGCUGCUGGUGGCCAUGGGCCUGAGCCUGCUGGUUUUCGCCUGGGAGCAUCUGCUCUACUGGAAGCUGCGACAUUCAGUCCGCAAAUCAGAGCGCCUGGAUUUCCUCCUGGGUAUCAGCAGAGGCAUCUACAGCUGCUUCAAUGGAGUGGAGCAAAGUGACCGCAACGGGAGCAUGCCGAGUCCAGACGUCACGACGAACUACACGCAAGCCAACAUGCUGAAGAUGCUGCAGACCGCCAAGGACAUGGUUUCCUCUGCCAGAGUGGAGAACUCUCUGGACAACGCCACCAAAACCAUUGAGAACUGGAGCAGGCGAGGGGCCGACAAUGUGAGGGUGGGCUUGCCCAGAGUAACCACCACGGACAUGGCUCACGGCCGUCUGCCCUACAUCUCCAGCAUCACAGACAACCACUCCCCGUACCCUCAGAGUGCCCUCACACCCACUUUCCCCAUUCAUUACGCUGACAGUGUCACCCAGCCUCUCUUAGAAAAGCCCCGCGUUGUGACAAGGCCAACCCCCCUCCGCUACACGCUGCCCUCCCGCAGCAACCAACAUGUCUUGGAGAGGACUCUGCCCAUCUCAAGCCUCAGCAGCCCUCACAUUGCCAUGCGGGACCCGUCCCCCUCCGGUACUCCCAACCCCCACCACAGCAGCAGGCUGUAUGUGGAGAACCAGCCCCGACACCCGUCGUCCCCUUUCAUUCCUUAUCGGGAGUAUCAGGUUCCUGAUAUCUACGUGGAGCACAAAGGACCUCUGAGGAGGAAGUUCAGCUAUCCCCCUGACUGUGUGAGCCGCAGAAGGAGGUCCCAUAGUUAUGUGUAUGAUGCUGCAGACCCCAGAAUGAGAGCAGACUAUGAUGAACCUCGAUCCUGCCUUGCUGAGUUGAGAGCCAACCACCUCCUGAACAACCAUGCCCCUGUUGCUGCUGCCAUGGCCUCCCCUUCAGGACACUACCCGGGCGCCAGCACCAGCUGCAACUCCUGUAUGAAGUCCUACCUGGAGCCUGAAAUGGAUGACAUACCGCUCCUAGGGAAGGACAAACUCAACCGCCGAGCCUCAUUCCUCAAAGCCACAUGGGGCAACGAUCGCAUCCAUCAGGUAGAUGAAACAAAGCCCAGCACGUCUUCAAGUCAACCCAACCGCUCAGACAUGCCGGAUCUUUUUCCACGGGUGGUGGUGGCCAACCCAAAGCCUCACAAGCUCUACGGCAGUCUGGGUCACAAUCUGUCGUGCUAUCCCCUGGCUGCUGAGCCCGCCUACUUGGACCCAGCCCACAUGGGCUCCUACCCAUACAAACAAAAGAUCAAGUACUCUGAAUCCACCAGGCUGCCCUCUUACAGGGAAGCCAUCCUGCAGAACGCCGCCGCCCUGCGUCGCUCCUCCUCCACCGUGGUGCACAGACACUACUCCACCUACCUGAACUCGUACACAGACUUGCCUGUGUACGUGGGGCCACUGGCCCAGGGACCGGCCCAGUACUAUGACAGCUCCAAGGACAUGUGCCACUUGUUUCCCUGUACAAGCCACUGCCCAGAUAACGCGGUGAUGCUGCCUCGUACGAGCGACAGGCAGGUGGUUUACCACAACAAUAUGUUUGGCCCUUACGAUGGCACAGGGAAGAGGGAGGAGCCGGGCUCUGGGGGAAGGGAGCGGAGGCAGGUGUUGGUGGCGCGCAGAGUCAACAGUCCCUAUGUGCCAAAGCCCUGGGGCAGAGUAUCCAGCCUGGAGUCUGAGGUCUGAGCCCCCAUCCUUACUGGACCUCCACUCGGCUCUGGAUCAGAGCUCCUUUGAGAAGAGGCAUGCCUGGGGGAUCUCCCCCCAGCCUCUGGUUAAAGCAAAAAUUAAACUCUACACCGAUAGUGUAUUUGAGAGUGUCGACUCUCAAUUAUCAGUGCAAUAAUAUCUUGGGCAGCGAGAUGUAUCUGAGAAGACACAGGAGGAGCAAUUACUGCUGGGACUUUGUAAGCCAAACUUCAAAUAGUAAUUAAAGAAAAGGAUAUGUUGAAAGUAUUUAAUAUAAGAAUUUAACCUGUUGAUUGUUAUUUAGAGGAUUUUUAAAUGCUGUGUUGCUAUAUGAAAGAAUUCUGGGAGACAAUAUACUGUAGCCUCUCAAUCUGAUUCAACUUGAGACUUUUUUUUUUCUCAUCUUUCUUUGGACCACUUCAGUACCCAACAUGUCAAACGAGAGAUAAAUUAUUAUUUUCACAAGCACACAUUGACAUAGCUUCAGUAUAUUUUCUAAGUCUAUAACCUCGGGGGUGCAGAGGCCUCUAGGCGUACUGCUCCAUUGGUCUUAAAUGUAAUUUGAGUGGGAUCUUAUAAAGGGAAAACUAUAGAAAGUAUCAUGUGUAUUUCCAUUGUUACAGUACCCUUUAAUAAAGAACAAGGUCAUCUUAA